ACAGGUCUGCAUGCAGCAAAUCGCAGCCUCGCUCCUGCAGUCUGUGCUUUGACAGCUGCACCGUGAGGAGAUAGAGGGAGAGAGAGAGGGAGAGAGAGAGAGAGAGAGGGAGGGAGAGAGCUAGCUCAGCGUACUGCAGAGCACACACUUUCUCACAGACAAGCUCACAGAGAAAAGGGAAUACUAAAGAGAUUGUUGUGUUUGUCCAGCCACUUCUUGUCUGGACGCUGGCUUUAGGGUGAGUGGAGAGAUAGAUAGAAGAAGAAGAAGAAGAAUAAGGGCCAGCAUGCUGGAGGCUGGGCCGAGGAAGGUGCCGAGAUGGCCGCAGUGGAGGCAGCUGCUUCCCGCCGCCUCCCUAUGGAUGCUGCUGCUGCUGCCGCUGCUGCUGCUGGGGCCGACGGGCGGCGAGGCCAAGCGCCCGCCCAAGAUCCCCCGCUGCCCCGCUACCUGCUCCUGCACCAAGGACAGCGCUUUCUGCGUGGACACCAAGGCCAUCCCCAAGAGCUUCCCCCCGGGGAUCAUCUCCCUGACGAUGGUGAACGCUGCCUUCAGUACGAUUCCAGAGGGAGCAUUCUCUCACUUGCACCUGCUCCAGUUCCUAUUAUUGAACUCAAACACAUUUUCUUUGAUUGCUGAUGAUGCCUUUGCUGGUCUAUCACAUUUGCAAUAUCUGUUCAUUGAAAAUAAUGACAUCCAGUCGCUGUCAAAGCAUACAUUCAGAGGACUAAAAUCCCUAACGCAUUUAUCUCUUUCCAAUAAUAAUCUACAGGGUCUUCCUCGGGAACUCUUCAAGUAUCUUGAUAUCCUCACAGACUUAGACCUGCGCGGUAACGCGUUCCGCUGCGACUGCAAGAUCAAAUGGCUGGUGGACUGGAUGGAGAAGACCAACACGUCUGUGCCAGCCAUCUACUGCGCCAGCCCCUUCGAGUUCCAGGGCCGCCGCAUCCACGACCUCACCCCGCGGGACUUCAACUGCAUCAGCGCAGACUUUGCUGUGUACGAGACCUUCCCCUUCCAGUCCCUGUCUGUGGAGUCCUAUGAGUUUGGUGGAGACCAGUAUGUGGUGUUUGCUCAGCCCAACACUGGAAUUUGCACAGUAUUUGUGUGGGAUCACGUGGAGAUGGUUUUCAGGAAGUACAACAACAUUACAUCUCGAUCAGCGGUCUACUGCAAGCCCGUGGUUAUCAACAACACUCUCUACAUGGUGGUAGCCCAGCUUUUUGGAGGAUCCCACAUAUACAAAUGGGAGGAAGGCCCUCUAAGAUUUGUGAAGAUCCAAGAUAUUGACACAACCCGUGUCCGUAAGCCUAACUUUGUGGAGACCUUCCAGAUAGAGGGGGAUUGGUACUUUGCUGUGGUGGACAGCUCCAAGGCAGGCUCGACCAGCAUCUAUCGCUGGAACAGCAACGGCUUUUACUCCCAUCAGUCCUUGCACCCCUGGCACCGCGACACCCAUGUGGAGUUCCUGGAGGUGGAGGGCAAGCCGCGGCUUAUCCUCUCCAGCGCCUCGCAGCCCCCGGUGGUCUACCAGUGGAAUCGCAGCCAGCGCCAGUUCGCCUUCUACUCGCAGAUCGCCGACACGGCCGACGUGCAGAUGGUCAAGCACUUCUGGAUCCGCAAGGUGCUCUACCUGUGCCUCACGCGCUUCAUCGGCGACUCCAAGAUCCUGCGCUGGGAGGGACAGCGCUUCGUGGAGAUCCAGACGCUGCCGUCGCGCGGCUCCAUGGCGGUCUACCCGUUCAGCGUGGGCCUGAGGCAGUACCUCCUGCUGGGCAGCGACUACUCCUUCUCUCGGGUGUACCUGUGGGACGACCUCACUCAGCGCUACCAGCCCUUCCAGGAGCUCAACUUGCUCGCCCCGCGGGCCUUCAGCCUCAUCAACGUGGACAACAAGGACAUCCUGCUGGCCGCUAGCUUCAAGGGAAAGACCCUGGCGUACCAACACCUAGUGGUGGACCUGAGUGCAAAGUAAUAUGUUGCUCUGAAAUUAGCUGCUGCUGCUUGUGUAUAAGCAAAACUUCAUGAAUGCCAGAGGUUUUUUUUAAAUGUGGAUUCCCAAAGAUAUCAGAAUAGGCAGGUUUACAUAUAACAUGGGUCAUUUUUAUUUCAUAAGUGUGGAAUUUUUAGUCAUAAGUAAGUUACAGUGAUAGAUGAGGGCCGCAAACAUUGAACACUUUUAAAAAAUGUCCACCAAAAUGUAACACUCUAAACCUGAAAUUACAACCUAUAAAGUUCAUGUUUUCUUUGAAUGGUGAGAAAAUAUAUGCAGGAUAUUCUCUUGUUCCUCUACUUUGAUCAGCUGUAUAUGUUGUAGUGAGCAAAGAUUAUAAAUAUAGCAUAACCUAUGAUCAAUGUUUUUUCAUCCAAAUGAAAUGGUCCUACCGGUAUUUGGACAUUUUACUUUGCAUUGUUGAAAGAUACCAUUUAAUACAUUUCACUCGAGUAUAGGCUUCUGUACAUGUUUGGAAGUACAUCUGUCAUGAUUUUCAGCCGAUCUUUGAAAACUAACAUUUUAGUAGAUAUAGGUGACAUUUUAAUAGUGACUAAUUAAAAAUGCACCUGAAUGUCCUGCUCAGGUGUGUAGGAAUAAAGUUAGAGGUGUAUCUUACAGCUACGUAGUCCUUCAAACUGCCCAAGCUCACACACUUUCGAACUUGAAUACACAAACAUGUAACAUGGUAAAAUGGACUGGUUACCUUCACACAACGCUGUAUACAUUCUUAACAUGAGUUUGAAAGUCUGAAAGCAUCGUCAGUAUCCGGAACUCCUCUUCUUGGGGAGAAAGGACACAUACCAUUGGAAUGCUCAUUGUCUUCUGUUGUGGCUCUUGCCAACUAUUUAUAUUGAUUUUAAAAGCAUGUAGCUAUUAGAUGCAGUGCUAUCACUGGUUUAAUGACUGUUACAGGAGAUUAGAUAUGGUCAUUUUUACUAACAUUCAUUUACCAAGUGCUCAAAUGACCAAAUAUAUAAAGGUCUAUUUUGGAUUAUGCCUAACAUGUAAUGGAAAUAUUUCAUCAAUAUACUGUGAUCUGCAUGCAUGGCUUAAAUGAUAUAUGCUGUCAGAAUACAAUUUUGAAAGACCCAUUUGAGCUGAAGGAAAUUACUUUAUUGUACCAUCACACUUUUCUUUGGUUUCCACACUUACAAAAAAGAAGUAACAAGCAAUAUGUCUUUAAAAGUCUAAAGACAAAUGUGUAUUAUUUGUUUUGCUCUUUGUUCUUUGAGGUGGUUAGUAGUUUGACAUUAGUGCAGUUUAUUGGCUGUAUGUUGAUAGAGCACUCUCACCAAGCAUUUUAGUGUAUGCGAGUGAAUGUGUAGUAUGGAAAUGUUUGCAGUUUUUUCUGUCUGGAAUGAAGACUGUUUUCAGAAUAUUUUUGGUGAAGAGUAUUUUCAGACUAUUUUUGAUGCCAGUUAAUGUAGUGAAACUAUUUGUGGCUUAAUGUGGUUUCUUUGCAUAGAAUGACACAUUAAUCUUAAUUCCACUUUGAACAAACACAUUUGCCUUCAUUGUGUAUCAUCAUAAGGCACAUACUGUAUGGUUUUUUUUGCCUUAAAAAAGCACCGUGCUUUGUGAAAGUUUUGGAUGACCUAGAAUCUUACGUAUGGAGAUGUGACAGUUGCCAAAUUUUGCUUGGAAAACACAUUAGGCUGCCCUAAUAAGUAUAUACAGUAGUUCCACCGCACGGCUACAUGUGUAAGAGAAGGACAUACUGGAGCACACAGAUGGUCAAAAUGGUUAAUAAGAAAGUUGCGUAAAAGCUGGACAAAUGUUUUGAUCUAAGACUGCAUCCUCAUCAGAGUCGUCAUCAUCAGACAGGAGAAGAUUUAAUCAUACAUUGAAACAUUAGUCCAGUCUUCAUGCACCUUUUUAAUUCUGGUGCCAGUUCUCUCUUAUAUUUGAAUAUUAUCCAGUUUUGGUCCACCAAACCUCCAUUCUAGGAAUACGCUGGCCAAAGUUAGGGGAGAGUGGGAAGCAAAAUUCAGGGAAACUGCACAAAUUGGGAAUUCUAUGUGAAUAUGCAACUGUGCAAGAAAAUGAAUAGCUUCCCCUUGGAAUUAUACGGAUCAGUUUUUUGGCAUUAAAGAGAGGAACACUGAUAUGUGAAACAAGUCUCCUUACACAUGUAAUGCCUCAAAAUAUGAAAACAAAACAAAAAAAACCUAUAUCACAUAUGAAUAUGUAAAUACUUGAAAUGUUCACAGAAAUAUCAGAUAGAACCUUAUUAUUCCAAGGGGCAUGAUGAUAUGCCUAUUGUUAUUGAUAUGCCAAACAGACCCUUUGCUAAUGCUUAAUUUGGUCACAUGCUCAUAUUUACACAAUAUGCACCUUUGUUGCCCUCCUGCUAUAUCAGAAAAAAGAUGUGUGCAAUUUUUGUUCUACUGCAGAUUGUUCCAUAGAUUGUGCCUCUGAAAUGCAACAGACCGUGUGUUACAUGAUAUAAUUCUGAUAUAAUUUGUCAACUAAUAAAUUUGUGCUGCACCAUG